GGUCAGAGUACUAGUGCUGGAGAGAGUAUCGAGGCUUGGAGACGCGAGAGACAAAAGAGAGAAAGUAAAGAUGCAAAGAAACGCGAGGAAAUCCGGAAGAACAUGGGCUUCCUACUUCGAGACGAGCAACUAGGUCACGAUGACUUUACUCGGAUGCAUUACCGCUCUGAUCGACAGACCAAGCAGCAGGAACUCGCAAAGUUGCAGGACACCGCGAAUGUAGAGAGACUGAGACGCGGCUUGAAUUCGUGUAUCCUCGCUGCUCCUCCUGAACAACCAAUUCAUUUCGGUUGGGGACGUUUGGAUAAUUACAAGGACUCGCUUAGGUACGAGAAUCGACAAUUGGAAGCGGAGGAGAAGUUAGUGAAAGGUGUUUGGGGAGUUGAACAUGGAGAGGGAUGGUUGACUUCAGAGGAAACGGUUGGUUUUUAUGGAGAGGGAGUAGGGAUGGAUUUAGACGGCAUGACAGAUGAGGUUUGUCCUCGGCUUCUUCUCCUCUUUCCAACAACCAAGGUAAAUGAAAAUCAACUAACAUACCAAACAGAUGUUCCAAGCUCGCUCCGAAGCCCAAAAGGAUCUCGACACCGAUUAUUACGCAUGCCUUGCCAAAAACGCUCAAGAAAUGUUUGAGGGUCCAUGCUGCGACUACUGUCGAGAAAAGCGAGUAAAUGUUCCCGUUGAACCAUACAUCUCGAUGUACGACAGAAGAAGUCACGUCCCGACUAGAAACCGACAAGGUCAGCGAGCUACCACGAUCUAUGAUCAAUAUCCUGCCAAUAAAAAUAUUGUCGAUAAGGGCAAGUAUGCUCCAGGACCGAUUCAGGAAUGGCCAUCUUUUCUGGAUCCUAAUGGCUUCUUCUGAUUGUAGAAUAGGUGGGUGGUUGUAGUGGGUAGUGAUUUACUAAAACCAAAUGAAGGUGCGUUGAAUUUGGGGAUAGGUCUGGAGACAUAUUAGAUGCGAUGUGAAGGGCGGAAAUGGAUAGAGACAUACAUGCAGAGAUGAACACGGAGGGGCGUUGGGCGUUCACG